UUCUCAUUUCUCUCGACUUCAUCGUUCUCCGGCCAGUUUCUCUAUCCCAGAGAAAUCUUCUUAGGGUUUAGCCUUACAUUCAUCUAGUGUAUGGCAGUGAAGUUUAUGUCUUAUGAGGUAUCCGAUCUCUGCAUCGGCAAACCAGCUCUGAGAGCGCUACCGAUCUCCUCCACAGUCGGCGAAGCACUCCUUGCCCUCAAGCAAUGCGGUGAUACCUAUGUUAGCGUGUGGACCUCCGAGCGAUCGGCACCGGUGAAGAAGGCCUUUGCCGGAAAACUCUGCAUGGUGGACAUUCUCUGUUAUCUCUGCGCGGAGGAGAACAUCUCGUCGCCGGUCGCCGCCCUCAAGAAUCCCAUCUCCGCCCUUCUCUCUAAGGGGAUGGCUGCCCUCAUGCGCCGUGUCGAGUCGCAUUCAAGAGUUCUUGAUGCUCUGAACCUACUCCUGGAGGGUGCGCAUAUCCUCUGGGUCCCCAUUCGUUCAGUCGCAGGCCGCAAGAAGCUCGGCGGCAGCUCGGGGGAGUUCUGCUGGUUGACGCAGGAGGACUUCGUCCGCUUCUUCUUCAACUCAAUCGCGAUCUUCUCCCCCAUUGCCGCCCUUUCCGUGACCGAGCUUGGCCUCGUCCGCUCCGCCGAUGUGCUUUCCGUCCAUUACCACGACGCCGCCCUUUCCUUCCUGCCUCUCAUCCGCCGCGCGCUCGUCGACCAAACCUCGGUUGCGGUGGUGACCGACGACCACAAGCUCAUUGGCGAAAUUUCCCCUUCUACUCUCGCCGGCUGCGACGAAUCCGUUGCCGCCGCCAUCGCCGCCCUCUCAGCCGGCGAUCUCAUGGCUUAUAUUGACUGGUGCGCCUCCCCGCCAGACGCUGCCGUGCGGACUGUGAAGUCCAUACUGAAGGAAAAGGGAAUGCAGGGGAUGCUGGAGCUCAUGGAAGGGGAGCUCUCGCCACCAAUGUUUUCUUCAUCGUCUUCGACUUAUUCGGCUUCCUCUUCUUCCGACGAAGAAGGGGAGAAACUAAGGAGACCAAGGAGGGCCAGGUGGAUGGGGAGCUACUCAGCGAGGAUGGGGCGUAGGUCGGAGGAGGCCAUUGUUUGUCAUCCGGGGAGCUCGCUGGUAGCUGUCAUGGUGCAGGCAUUGGCGCACCGUGUCGGGUAUGUGUGGGUGGUGGAGGAGGACUACAGCCUCGUCGGCAUUGUUGUGUUUCGCGAUAUUCUCGAGGUUUUCCGUGAACAGCUAGUUCAGGCUGAAGAGCUCGUCUAACAGAGAAGGAGAGAGGGAAGUGGGAGUUCGAGAAUUCUAUUGUUAUUUUCCAUGAGAACUCCCUCUAAGCUUUUCUCUCGAUUAAUCUCCUUCAAAUUUAAAUUUUGCGUUUGGAUUUCAAGUAAAGGAGAAUGUUGAACU